AUGUCAAUGGAUAUGAUGGCAACAGAACGUGUUUGCUAUGUUCACUGCAACUUCUGCAACACCAUUCUAGCGGUUAAUGUUCCAUACAGCAGUUUGUUAGCCAUAGUGACAGUAAGGUGUGGACAUUGUGCUAAUUUGUUAUCAGUUAACAUGAUGGCAGCAUCAAUUCAACCAUUUCCUCCUCCUCAACUUCCUCAGCCACAGAAACAGCACAUAAUCUAUGAAGAAGCAAGCAUCAAAGAAACAGGAUCAUCAUCUUCAAAGUGCAACAAAAUAGCAUCAUUUGAGGUAGUAGAACAUGAACAACCUAGGAUUCCACCCAUUCGACCUUUAGAGAAAAGACAUCGGGUUCCUUCUGCUUAUAACCGGUUUAUUAAGGAGGAAAUUCAAAGGAUCAAGACCAAUAAUCCAGAUAUUAGUCACAGGGAGGCUUUCAGCUCAGCGGCAAAAAAUUGGGCACAUUUCCCUCAUAUUCACUUUGGGAAGCAACAAGCAAAGUUGGAUCAUGCUGAAGGAACUCAUGAAAAGUCUAAUGGAUUCUACUGA